CAAAUUAAUUUCCAUUAAGCAGUAGUUAAAGUUAAUUCAUCAUCACUCACUGUAGAACCAGAUUCAAUGGCAACUCCUUUCCCCUCACCCAUCUCUCCUUCACGAACCCGCAUAGGCUGGAUCGGCAUAGGUCUCAUGGGCUCAGCCAUGGCUUCACGCCUCCUUUCCUUUGGCUACUCCCUCUCCAUUUACGCUCGCAACCCUUCAAAAGCCAUUCAACUCCAAUCCAAAGGUGCCCAUCUCGUUGACUCUCCACAAGACCUCGCUAAAGUCAGCGACAUCGUUUUCACCAUAAUCGGCGGCCCACCUGAUGUCCGCUCCAUCAUUCUCGGCCCACAAGGUGUCCUCUCAGGCUUAAAUCCGGGCAGCGUCAUCGUUGACAUGACAAGCAGCCAUCCUGGGCUCGCCCGCGAGAUCUUUAAAUCAGCCCGUGAAAAAGAUUGUUGGAGCGUCGAUGCGCCCGUCUCAGGCGCUGAUGUGGGCGCGAGAGAAGGCAGAUUAGCUAUACUAGCUGGCGGCGACAGUGGAGUUAUCGAAUGGCUUUCGCCAUUAUUCCAAAUAAUGGGGAGACACACGUACGUGGGCGAAGCCGGCUGCGGCCAAAGCUGCAAGAUAGGGAACCAAAUAGUGGGAAGCGCGAAUCUUGUUGGAUUGAUUGAGGCAUUAACGUUUGCAGAGCGGGCAGGGUUGGAUCUGAAGAAAGUUUUGGAGGGAAUGAGGGGAGGGGCGGCAGGGAAUAUGAUAAUGGAGUUAUUUGGGGAGAAACUGAUAGAGAGAGACUUCAGGCCAGGGGGAUUCGCGGAGUAUUUGGUGAAGGAUUUGGGAAUGUGGUCGAAUUGUACGGAGGAGAGUGAAGCAGAGAGUGUGGCGGCGUUGCCUGGAGCUUCAUUGUGCAAGCAGUUCUUUUGUGGGAUGAUUGCCAACGGUGAUCGGAAGCUUGGACUUCAGGGAGUGAUCACUGUCAUAGAGAGAAUAAAUGGCAUUCAAAAGUAACGUGCCGAAAAUUGUGUAUUUGUGAUUUAUCUUGAUUUUAAAGCUUUUGAAUUAUUGGCCUAGUUAGUAAA